GAGAUCCGCCUGCCUCUGCCUCCAGAGUGCUGGAAUUAAAGGCGUGCGCCACCAACGCCCGGCUAAGUGUUGAAUAUUGAGGCGGGUAUGUGUUGCUUGUAAUACCAGUUUGGGAGAUAGAGGCAGGAGGAUCAGGUGAAGGUCACCCUGAUUGCCUGUAGCAAGUUGGAAGCCAGCCUGGGAUAUAUGUAACCCUAUGUAAAAGACAACAAAAUAUUAGAAAUUUGAUCCCGUGGGUCAUUGAUUAUUUGGUCCUGAGACCAAAGGGUAAAAUCACUAUAGUGCCCUGUAGUGUGGAGUAUUACUAGGUUGUGAUAUUCUGGAUUAAAUGCAUUUUUGAAAAAUCUUGGAGGGAGCUGUAUGGUAUUUGCUGUGCUACGUGUGUGUCCUAUGCUAGCCCCUUUCUGGGCUCACAGGCUACCUCACUUGUGUGAUGGGAAGGAGUGGAAGAGGAGGAUAAAUGGAAUGGGUGCAUACUAGUUCAUCAAGGCCAUACGCUGAUGUCUAGUGUGGGGGCUGGGAAGGUAACCCAGAAUUGUAUUAGUUCUUGUACUUGUUUUUACAGUAGAGCAAGCUAGACCUUGUCUACAGAGGGUCAGACUUGCUGGGCCCACCCACAGGGGAAGCCUGGAGCUGGUGGAGGUUUCUACAGUGGCUUUCAAUUCCCUUUACUUGGCCUCUGAAGGAUUUGUUUUGGUCAGCCCUGGGAUCCAAGGUCAUCCUGCCCCAUUGUCCCAGAUUGCUAUAGGUGCCAUUGUUCUGGGUUGGCAGUCCUGGGCCAGGAUCACUAAUAGACACCACUACCUGUUAGGAGCUUCUGGGUGUUAAUCUACAUGUGCCCUUGUUUUAGGUUAAGUCAGCAUCUGACUUCACUGGCUGGCGUAACUAGCCAUGUUCUCAGUCUCCCAGGUGCUGGCUUCUCCAAGGACAGUAGGUAGAAUAGACAUCUGGCCGUCAUUCAGAUUGGGAAGAAAAGAGCAUGGUUUGUAGGCUAUGGGGCCCUCCCAUGGAGUGAGGAGGACCUGAGUCAGUAGGGGUGGCAUCACCUCCCCCUGGUGGAGGACACAGGAAGGAUCUUUAUUCCUUUCCUCGAUAGAUCUUUGUCAGCCACUCAGCCUAACCCUGCUGUGCAGCAGGCACUCCCUGCUGCUGUCUAGUAGCUGUCCCAGUCCCUAAGUAAUUUCUGGAUAUGGGAAGUGUUGUGGCAGAGGACUGAGCAGGGGCUGGUUUAGGCUGCUUGGUAGGUGUCUGGAGGGGUAAGAUGGGUUUCCUGGCUCUGUGGUCAUUCACCCAGUUUUGUUGGUUUCUCUUCUGUCCCUUGUCCUCUUGGGUGACCAGCUCAUUAAACUCGGGAGCUCCAGAGCUGUUCUUUGUUCUGCGGCCUUUGGGAUAAUGAGCCCACUCAGAAACGGGAACUGCUCAGAGGGCAGGAGAGACAGCUGACAGCCUGAAGCCAUGGACUGAGGCCUCUCAGCCUAAGGCCUGCACCCCAGGUAACCAGGCUUUGAUGUGCCCUCAGGAAGUCUGCAUACUCAAGGAGGCCACCCCCGCCGGCUGCUGCUCACAUGGUUUCUGGGCCCCUGGCACUCCGGUGGUGCCCGUGGGCAGGGCGCAGGGACAUGGGGCCAGACAUGGAACUGCCCAGCCAUUCAAAACAGCUCCUGCUGCAGCUGAACCAGCAAAGGACCAAGGGUUUCCUGUGUGAUGUCAUCAUUAUGGUGGAGAACUCUAUCUUCCGGGCCCACAAGAAUGUCCUGGCUGCUAGCAGCAUCUACUUCAAGUCCCUGGUCCUGCAUGAUAACCUCAUCAACCUAGAUACAGACAUGGUCAGUUCCACCGUGUUCCAGCAGAUACUGGACUUCAUCUACACCGGCAAGCUGCUGCCCAGUGACCAGCCAUCUGAGCCCAACUUCAGCACUCUCCUCACUGCCGCCAGCUACCUCCAGUUGCCUGAGUUGGCAGCCCUGUGCCGUCGCAAACUGAAGCGAGCUGGCAAGCCCUUUGGCCCUGGGCGAGUGGGUACUGCUGGCAUGGGGCGACCAACCCGUAGUCAGCGGCUGUCCACAGCCUCUGUCAUCCAGGCUCGGUACCCAGGACUUGUAGAUGGGCACAAAGGACCCCCUGUUCCCCAAGAGCUCCCUCAGGCCAAAGGGUCAGAUGAUGAGCCUUUCCUGGGCAGCCCCACCCAGGAGAGUACCCAUGGCCUGGGCCUGGGGGGCUGUAGCAACAGCACCAACGGGAGCAGUGGGGGUUGUGAGCAGGAGUUGGGUCUGGACCUGUCCAAGAAGAGCCCUUCCCUACCUCCUACUACUACCCCUGUCCCCCACCUCACUCCUGAGGACCCGGCCCAGCUGAGUGACAGCCAGCAUGACUCACCAGCACCCACUUCAACCUCCGCCCUGCCUGUUGGCAACAGUGCCUCAUAUGCUGAGCUGGGGGCCGCUCCUGAUGAGCCCAUGGAUCUGGAAGGGGCUGAGGACAACCACACGAGUCUGCUAGAAGGGCAGGGUGGGCAGCCUCGCAAGAGCCUCCGGCAUUCAGCCCGCAAAAAAGAUUGGAACAAAAAGGAGCCCGUGGCCGGGUCCCCCUUUGAUCGGAGAGAAGCCGGGACUAAGGGUCCCAACCCAGGGGAAGAAGGCGAGGGGCUUGGGGACAGGGUUCCUAAUGGCAUUCUCGCCAGCAGUGUUGGUGGAAGUGGUCCCAGUGGGUCAUAUGGGGAGCCAACAUACCCCUGCAAGGAGGAGGAAGAGAAUGGCAAAGACGGGAGUGAGGACAGUGGGCAGAGUGGGAGCGAGGGGGGCAGCGGCCACACUGGUGCCCACUAUGUGUACCGGCAAGAAGGCUACGAGACGGUGUCAUAUGGGGACAACCUCUAUGUGUGCAUCCCUUGCGCCAAGGGCUUCCCCAGCUCUGAGCAGCUCAAUGCUCACGUGGAGACACACACAGAGGAGGAGUUAUUCAUCAAGGAAGAAGGGGCCUAUGAGACCGGCAGUGGGGGUGCAGAGGAGGAGGCUGAGGACCUGUCAACACCUAGUGCGGCCUAUGCAGCUGAGCCUCGUCCUUUCAAGUGCUCAGUCUGUGAGAAGACCUACAAGGACCCAGCCACGCUGCGGCAACACGAGAAGACACACUGGUUGACCCGGCCCUUCCCCUGCAACAUUUGUGGCAAGAUGUUCACACAGCGAGGCACCAUGACACGCCACAUGCGGAGCCACCUGGGCCUGAAGCCCUUUGCCUGUGAGGAGUGUGGCAUGCGCUUCACCCGCCAGUACCGCCUCACAGAGCACAUGCGUGUACACUCAGGUGAGAAGCCCUAUGAGUGCCAGCUCUGUGGGGGCAAGUUCACCCAGCAGCGCAACCUCAUCAGCCACCUGCGCAUGCACACCUCCCCUUCCUAGAAGCCAAAGACCCGAGGGAGCCCUCUGCAGACUUGCCACUUGGGAACCCACGAAAGGAGGAGUGAGGAAGCAUGGCGGGAGGGGUUGAGCCCCAAAGUCUGGCACGAGGCUCCUGGCAGCUUCUCUGGCCCAGCCUCCCCACACCUAGAGCUUUAAUCAACAGUGUACCAAGGGAAGCCAAGAGAAGAGGAGCUGCCCAGGCCAGCCCUGUGCGUAUGGUUGCUGGUGACUACUCUCCAUCCCACUUGGCUCCUGAGCUCCAUGAAGGGGCUGCUGGAGAGCCGGUGGGAGUCCAUGUGGGUGUUAGUGGGACCUGGUCCCUUACCUGCAGUCUGGGCUGGGGGGGGCACAGGGCUUCCCAUGGCCAAGAGUGGUGCCUGGAGCAGGCCCUCAGCUGGCAGGGACCUCGACUGUGUGUGUGCAUGUGUGCUUGUGUCUUUGCAGUGCAGUGUGACUCUGGUGUUGGGAAGCUGGUGCUGGGUGGCAGUUCCUUUCUCUUUGAGCUGGGGUGGCAACUGCUAGCUGGCACUGGGACAGUCAGGGUGACCCCACUGCCUACCUCUCUACAACUAAAGAGCCCUCUGGGCCUGUAUUGCUGUUAUUCCUACUGAGCUGUUCCUAUUUCUUUUUUACAGUUUUUAAAAAUUUCUUUUUUAAAACCAAAAUGAACAAUAUUUUCCUUCUGCCUCUUUGGGGAUGAGCCUGGGUCUGCAGACUGAAUGUAACUGGGGCAGCUGCCCCCCCCCCCCUGUCAUUUUCCCUGGCCCUGGUGCUGUGGGCAUGGUUGAACCUGCCUCUCCAAGGCCCCAGAAACCUUUCUUGCCCAAAGGCUUCCCUGACCCUGAGCCCUGCCUGUCUGGGUUUACUCAGGAGAACAUGCUUUUCCCAUAAUGUCCAAGGAGUAUCACUUGUUAGAGGUACUUGUUUUUGUUGAGAGCCCCCACUCUCAUACAUUUUUUUAGAUGUUGGAAGGUCUGAAGUUCCAGAGGGGGGAGGGGAGGAUAGCCUUGGUGCCAGGCCCAUCGGUACUCUUGUGUGUGCGUGUGUGUGCAUGUGUUGUGUGUGUUUCUUAUGCACAGACGCUUUGCUUCCUUGCUCAUUGAACAAGGUGGAGAGCCUUCUGACCUUUUGCUACCUCUUGAAUUCAAUACCACAGUACAGUUGAGGCUGAGCCACUUGGUUUUGUUUUCCUAUUGUGGGAGUAAGCUGGGCUUGGGCUGGCCUGAGCCCCUCGAGGGCCCCAGUGUUCUCUGAAGGGAUGCUUGCUGCUCAGGGCAUGCUGUAUGUGGGGCAGGUGCUGGGCACCUGAGUAACGGAAGCCAUGAGGAGGGAGCAGCCCCCUGCACGGGUGAGGUGGAAGUGAGUCCACCCCGUCCUGUGUCCUCCUGAGCUCUGAGGUGUGUCUUAACUCACUGCAGAGCCAGAGGUAAGCGUUGGCCCCUGCCUACAGACUUAUCAAGUAUAAGGUCAAACUAACCCUUACAUGGGUGUGUCAGCCAGCCUCAGAUGCUUGCAUGGACUCCAGCAAGGGGCAAGACCAGACCAAGAUUGUCUGUGUUCCGCCCUAGAUGAGCCACAGAUCGGAGCUGGUAGUCCUUAUCAUCAUGUUGCUUGAUGGCUUUUCAUUUUCCUUUUGAUUUCUUUUCUUUCUUUUUUUUUUUUUUUUGGUUUUUCGAGACUGGGUUUCUCUGUGGCUUUGGAGGCUGUCCUGGAACUCGCUUGGUAGUCCAGGCUGGUCUUGAAUUUACAGAGAUCCGCCUGCCUCUGCCUCCCUAGUGCUAGGAUUAAAGGCGUGCGCCACCAACGCCCGGCUUUGAUUUUUUUUUUAACUGCAGACCAAAAAAUUCCAGAGUCAUCCCAUUCCCACCUCUCCAAAGACCUUCCGGCCUGAGUUCAGGGACCCAGUGAGUGGCAGGUGUGGUAGUGAGGGCACCUGGCCAGGCUUCCACGUUGCACUGAGCCACAUCUUCUUAACCCUUUGCCUAGUAUCUGUUUCCUGCUCUUGCAAGUCAGGCUGAACAGCUGAGUGAAGACCUGGACCCAUUCCUUCUCCACCCCACCCCACCCAACCCUACCCCACCAGCACUUAGGACACAAAGUCUGUACAGCAUAGGAGCCUCAUGUGGUCUCCCAGGCUGUGGGCAGCCUCAUCUGUUGUGCAGAAAUUCAGGGACUGGGAGCAGAGCCCCUCAGCACGUCUGUGCAACAGAGUAUUGUACCCACCUUAGUAUUGUACCAAGCCUUUUCUGUAUUUUAAUGAAAAAGCAAAACACUAGUUUCCUAUUUAAGAUUUUAAGGGUUGUUGGACUGGGCGGGGUUGACACUUGGUUUGUUUUCUUUUUCCUUUGUUUCCAUGGGUGCAUGCAUGCUUAUGAGUGUCUGUGUGUGUCUGUGUGUGGAGAUAUUAAGAGCCUCAAGGAAAUCAGGCCAUAGGAGGCCAAGAUGGCUUACAGUUCUCUUUUAGUCAUUUAAUUACUGAAUGUUUUGGAGAAACAGGAAACAGAAAAUAGCAGAUGUCAUGUAGGAAAAAUUUUUAAAAAAUAUCAAAAGAAAAAAAGCUCAUACCCAAAUUCACAAACCUAUUUUUUAAACCAAAGCACAUUUUGAAUGAGUAUGGAACCUCAGUGGGCUCAGAAAAAAAAGAUACUAAUAUAUUUAUCUCAUUGUUUACAUAAACUUUUACAGUUUCAGACCUCAGCAGCUAUAAGGCCAGUCCCAGGGAACUCUCCCUCUCUUCCUCCCGGGUCCUUCUGAGUCGACCCUUGAGCAGCUCAAGGGCAGAGGCAGCCCUGGGUGCUGGGUAAGAACUAGAAGCCCCUCCCCCCUAGCUUCACCUGAGCCCUAAUCCCCAUUUUUGGGACCUCUUCAAGCUCAGCUGCCACCAAAGAGCACGCACCAAGCUGACCAGCCCCCCAGGCCUCCUGGCUGGACCCAAGGGGUGGAUGUCAGCCCUGCCCAUGAGCCUUGUGUUACUGUGAGAAUCACUCAAGCCAAAAAGCAGGGAACUUUACGAAGCUCAGUAGACUCUGUCAUGGCACAUCCCACCCUGGGCAGCAGAAGGGUCUGACUUGAGUCUGGUCCUCACCCACAGAUGGUGCGAACACUCUCAACAGUGUUGUUUUUGUAUCAAUGUUUGUGCAGUGAUGAAUGUAUUUAUUUCUCAGACUUAGGGUUAACUGGCGGGAGCAGGCCCGGCCCUGCCAGUGCCCACUCCCACUGGACCGAGCUACUGCAAGGGCUCUUCCAAGAUUUCGAAAAAGGAAAAGAUGUACUUGUGAACAUGUAAGACCCUCAGACUUGCAGCAUAGCCAUACACCUCAGCCUGUGACCCCUGACCUCACAUGGCCCAGGAAUUGUGUUUCCGUCCAUCAACACUGAGGGGAGCCAGGUCCCCACCUGCUGCCCACACUGUCAGUAUUCACUAGACCUCAGGUCCUUGCGCAGGAGUGCGAUCUGCCGAGCUGUCAGCAGGCACACUGCUGCCUUCCUGGGUAGGGGGAACCCUGGGCAGCCAGGAGGGCAGGGCUCAGGGAGCAAGUACUAGGAAUGGAGGCAGAAGCCAAGAGGCCGGGCCUGAAAAGAAUGGACAGGCUCUCAAGCCUUGCUGUGCUCCACUAAAGGGACCAAGGUCUUCCUUUCCCCAGUCACUAUGGGGCCAAUGUUACUGAACUAUGAAAUGGAUGCCAGGAAUGAGGGAUAGAGAGGAACCUGACCUCAGUCUGACAUUCCAACCCAGGAAGAGUGGAAGCUGUGGAACUUGCUGCCCAGGGCCCCCUUCCUAGGACACCUGCAGCUUCAGUCACCUUACUUUAACUCUCUACCAGGGACCCCUCCCCUACCUCACCUUGCUAUUUAUUGCUGUAAUUUAUUGACCUCAAAAAUGCUGCAUAACAGACCUCACUUGGGUCAGGGAGAGUUCCCAGGGUCCUCCCCUCCACUUGGUGGGGCCCCAUGGGGCCAGGUGCUUAAAGGGACCUCCCUGUACCCAACCCAUCACUCUUUCCUCCAGGGGCCCCAGGUUGGGCUCCAUCCCAUUUGCAAAUACCUCAGGAGGGAUGGGGUAUAUCUGUUUCAUUUGAUUGGAACUGGAAGAGGGAUCACAUCCUCUGUGCCCUUCCUGGAGCAGGGGAGGGGUGCGGGGAUCGCACUCCUGUACUGGUCACCACUGUUGCCACUCAUCACGUUGACUUUACUUCCCUAGAGUCUGGGUGGAUGCGUUCAGGUCAGAGCUGUGGCUGUGCAGCUCUCCAAUGUCAGAGUGAUUUAUCCACGACUGAUCUCUCCAUUCAAAAGCGUGCAGUCUUAAUGUACAGUGAUGAGAAACUGUUAUUUUAUGAUCUUUUCAUUAAAAGCUUGAUUGAAAA